GAAUGUGAAACUCAUUUCCGCACUUAAAAUGUUACAAUGUGAUUUCAAACAUAGCGAGGAAACCGAGAACAGGCGAUUUACACCGAAAUUUUAGGAAGGGGAAGAAAAUGGUUUUGCAAUGAGUACAACCUGGCAACGGUCCCUCACACCCACUUUUUCAUCAUCAAUCCUCGAAAUGGCCAAAAUGUGCCGCUCAUCGAUGGCAGAGGUCAAAAGCUUCCCAAUUUAGCGUGGCCUAUCUGUCUUGGAUACCUGCUUUCCCAUUUAGGCCCAUUUGGGCAAAUUCUCUGUGGGUUAGCAUCGAGAUUCAUUCCGAACGACCAUUUCAAAGGAAAACUCGGCCACUCUCCUGUUAAGUUUCGAGGCCGGGUCCUUGAGACAUUUUCGUGCGUUCUGUUAUGCGAGACACGUCCGCCCAGUUUCAUUUUGAUCACUGAAACUGGGAUCUGAGGCUGUUUUUUUCCCCCUUACUUUUACUGAGAGCAAAAUGGCUGCUUCAAACCAAAAUGACCGCUCCCCCUGUCCAGUUUCCGCAAUGGGUCCUUGAGACUUUGUCGUUAUGACAAAACACAUCCAAUCCAUUUUGUGUCCAUCAAUGAAACUUGUGUCUGGGGCUCUUUUUUUUUUUCCUUUUUCCUUCCAAUGUGAUCUGACUGAGUAUACAAUGGCUACUUCCAACCAAAACAUCUGACUUCCUUUUCAAUUGCUGUCAUGGGUCCUUGAGACUUUUUCACGGCAUCUAUUGUGGACACAUCUGGCCAAUUUAGUGGUGAUCGGUGACCCUGGUGUCAGGAACGAAUUAUUUCUCACAUACCAGGGGCCAAAACUGAAUCCUGCAUGGGAUGUGGACGUGGAUGGCUAAAAUACAUACAGUUUUGAUACACACAGGAAACACCCGGAGAAAAGCCAUGUCGACACAAGGUAACUCCACACAGCCGGAAUCGAACUCUGCACCUCUGCGCUUUUAGGCAAACGUGCUAACCAGUCGAGCACCAAUGCCGCCAGCCUGGGAGUCAAUGCCAAAAUGUAUAUCUACAUAUAUAUUACGAUUGGCGACGCUAACGUACUGGAAGUAAUGUAAAAUGUAUUUUGGCAAAUGACGAAACAAAGUGAUCUGUUCUGAAUUGGAGGAACGUUGAGGGGCAAGAUGGAGGGGAGGUGUCAUGUGUCAUUGUCAUUGUGGAUGCACAGCUGCUGUGUGAUGCAUCACGCGCGCACACACACACACACACACAUAUAAACAGCGGGAGAUGAGCCAAUGAGGCAUUUGGUGCAGACACCUUGUGAGAGAGAAAGAGAGAGAGAGAGAGAGAGAGAGAGAGUGAUGAAAGCCGAGGAUGAAUAGAGGGAGGAAGAUGAUUAGGACGAGCAGAUGUAGCUGCAGCGCAGCCUGACAGGAGAGCUUCACUUUCCCCUUCGCCCACCCUCCUCCUCCUCAUCUUCCCUCUUGCCCGUCGUGAGUCACGGACAUCAUUUCAGCCUCCACGUCGGGGGAGAGGAAAAGAUUCAUCGCGCUUUCGUGCGCUUCUCCUGUUCGUCGGGUGAGAGCUGACAUGCCGCCGCACCAUCAGGACCGCCCGAGAGCAUCCGCAUCUUGAUUGACAGCCAAGCAUCAUUACUCGGCUUUUACCGGCGCGUCGCGGGGAUUGCCUGAGAGACGGGAUGCUGAGGCUGAUGUGGAUGUCGACGGACAAGAUGCGUUGCCUGAGGAAGAGAUCCACGCUGCCUCUGCUGGGCUUCCUGGUCGCCUUCCUGCUGCUCUUCAACCUCUACAUGGACAUGGACGGAUACGUGUUGGAGGCCGAAAAGCGGCAGCUGGGUGAGACGUUAAUGCAACCCGCUAGCUCAGAGCGAUACAUCCACACCUUCAGAGACCUGUCCAACUUCUCCGGGACCAUUAACGUGACGUACCGCUACCUGGCGGGAUUCCCACUGCCGCGCAAAAAGUAUCUGACCAUCGGGCUGUCGUCGGUGAAGAGGAAGCGCGGGAACUACCUCCUGGAGACCAUCAAGUCCAUCUUUGACCAGUCCAGCUACGAGGAGCUGAAGGAGAUCGUGGUGGUGGUCCACCUGGCCGACUUUGACUCGCUGUGGUGUGAAAACCUGCUGCAGGAAAUCAGCCGCAAGUUCUCGCACCACAUCAUCGCCGGCCGCCUGCUGGUGAUUCAGGCUCCCGAGGAGUACUACCCGUCCCUGGACGGCCUGAAGAGAAACUACAACGACCCCGAAGACCGGGUGCGCUUCCGCUCCAAGCAGAACGUGGACUACGCCUUCCUGCUCAACUUCUGCACCAACCUCUCCGACUUCUACGUGAUGCUGGAGGAUGACGUGCGCUGCGCUCGUAACUUCCUGACGGCGCUGAAGAAGGUGAUCGCCUCCCGCGAGGGAUCCUACUGGGUGACGUUGGAGUUCUCCAAGCUGGGCUACAUCGGGAAGCUGUACCACGCGCGGGACCUGCCGCGCCUGGCGCACUUCCUGCUCAUGUUCUACCAAGAGAUGCCGUGCGACUGGCUGCUCAUCCACUUCCGCGGCCUGCUGGCCCAGAAGGACGUGAUCCGCUUCAAGCCGUCGCUCUUCCAGCACAUGGGCUACUACUCGUCCUACCGGGGCGCCGAGAACAAGCUGAAGGACGACGACUUCGAGGAGGACGCGGUGGACAUUCCCGACAACCCGCCGGCGCGGCUCUACACCAACAUCGAUGUCUUCGAGAGCUACGACGCCGCCAAGGCCUACAGCGCCGUGGACGAGUACUUCUGGGGCAAGCCGCCGUCCACCGGCGACUUCUUCGUGGUGGUCUUCAACAAGUCGGCCAAGAUCAGCAGGAUCAAAAUCGCCACGGGCUCCGACGACAGACAGAGCGACAUCCUCCAUCACGGCGCCGUGGAAGUGGGUCAGAGGCGCGUGGAGGGCAAGCAGGACGGCCAGUGCGCCUCAUACAUCACUCUGGGGGAGUUCAAAGGUGGCAGGGUUGAGGUUCAAGACGUGGACCGCAAGAUUGGUUUCGAUGUGGACUGUGUGCGCAUCGUGGUGACAGCUGGCCAGAAAGAGUGGCUCAUAAUAAGAACCAUCAGCCUAUGGACCGCACAUCCCGGCAGUUCGUUGGUCAAGUGACCAAUUCGGUUAUCGGUGCGGUCAUGUUGGACAAGACUCAAAAAAAAAGUAUAUUUUCUUGUGUAUUUUUUUUUUCUACCAUUCCCCCCCCAUCUGAUAAGUUUCAAACGCGAUUCAGUAUCCACCCUUUAUACUUCAUUUUCCUAACAUAAAAACAGAAAUUUGUUUCUA